CACUGUCAGUGAAUAAUUCAAUAAAUAUCUAGGCACCCAGUCCUAAUUGCUUUACUUGAAAUAUUAUACUUACCUGUCUAUUGUUGAUUAAAUAAUUUUGUGCAUCUCAAUAUCUAAUAAUUAUUUUUUAUUUAAUCUUUUAGCUAUACUUAUAACGAGACAUUCAGAUUUACCUAACAAGAGGUUGGCUAACAAUCGGUUAAUUAUGUCUUUGUCUACUAUCGGCAUUCAUAUAGGAAUCGUAGCAAUUUUUAUUACGUGUCUCCUAUUAUCUGCCGACAUUCGUGUACAGGCAAGUGAAAAUGAAGCAGACAGCAUUACAAAAAUCGGACAAGGAGUAGGCCAUAUUAUGAAUAUUUAUUAUUGUUAUUCCUGUGGAUAUAGAAAAGUUUUUGAAGAUUAUGCUGGCAUAAUACAGCAGAAAUAUCCAGAAAUAUCUGUCAUAGGUGCAAAUUAUGACCCACCAGGUUUAAAUAUGUAUUUAUCAAGAAUUAUUGGACUAGGUAAAAUGAUAUUGAUUAUGUGCAUUUUGAGUGGAGUCAACAUAUUUGCAUGGUUAAAUAAACCCCAACCCUCAUGGUGGAGUUGGUGUUUAGAAAAUAAAAUAUAUGCAUGCAUGAUGAUGUUCUUCUUGGCAAAUAUGAUAGAAGGCCAGUUAGUGUCGUCUGGAGCAUUUGAGAUAUCACUCAAUAAUAUUCCACUUUGGUCUAAAUUGGAAACUGGAAGAAUUCCUCAGCCACCAGAAUUGUUUCAAAUUAUAGACAAUACUCUGCAAUUUUCAAAAAUAGAUAUGCCAAACUCUAACUUUGCACAAUAAUAUGUAAAUUUUAUUUAUUUAAUUUUUCAGUAUAAUGUUACAUUAAAACUGUUAGUUAUUUUAUUAUAAACAGGGGCUGUGGUUUACUGUUGGUGAAAAUGGAAUAAAACAUAGGAGAUGGAUAAUAUAAUAGGUAUUUAUUGAUAUCUACUAAGAAGAAAACUGCUGCCACUUGUGAGCUCAAUAUUUCUGUUCCUAAACAGUUUUAGUGAGACAUGAAAAAAGACCAUACAAGUAUUAAAUCAAAUCAUCAGCUAAAUAUUCACAAGCUCAACUAUAGAUUUCUACAUUGAAAGAUACAGUUCUACAUAGGGCCAACCUUUGAUUACUUGGCACUUCUAAUCUGAAAAGAAUAAAAAAAAAAGAUCAGUGGGAAUUCACAAUGUAUACUCUUAAAGGCGAAUUUGAUGUGACCCUUAUUCUUAGAUCCUCUAUUACACCUUAAUACCACUUUUGAAUUUCGGUGUCUCAAAAGCUGUCCAGAAACUUAAUCUGUACUACUAUGUGUGUGACUACGAAUUGGAGCAUUUACAAACUCUGGGCAUCAUUCACUUGGGUACUAUCUACCAUAUAAUAACAUAAACUAGCAUAUGUACUUAAAAAUUCCAAAUACUGUGAAAGCCUUUUAAAUUUCCAAUCAUCUUUUUUCAAUCUGCAAUAUGUAUAUGUGACAAUACUGACAUUUGUGUGGUGUUUUUGCAACAACUGAAUUGGCUAGUAGUUACUACUAAUAUAGAAUAUAAAAUGAGUAUGUUGUCUUUUGGCACCUUAUGAAAUUUGGUAUAUAUGAUAUUAUCUGGAAUUUAAAAACUUUAACAAAUUCAAGUUAAAAAUUUGCUCUUAAUAUUUUUUAAACUUCUUUAUUUCUUCACUGUAUUUUCAAAUAAAUAAUAUAGUAAAAUGUUUCAGUGUUACCCAUCUCCUUGUAAUUAUUGUUUAUUGGCAAACAUUAAAAUUUUAGUUUUUACAGUACAAAAUAACUUCAUAAAAAAAUUAUUAUUAUUAUUUACAUUGCAUACAUAAUAGAACUAAAGUUCAAAAUUUUAUUAUGACAAAGAUGUAAUAGAACUAGUUCAGUUAUCUAGUCACAUCAUUGUUAAAAUUGUAAAAUAUUCACAAACUUCUUUUUUAUGAACUAUUAAUUAAAAAUUUAGAAUACAUUAUCAUUUUUAAUUUUUACUUGACACUGUUCAGAUAUAAGUGAAUUGCACUUGAAUUGUGAAUCUGUCCACAUAGCAACAAUUUGUUCGUGUCCUAUUAUAAUGAAUUAGUUGGCAGUUUUAAUAUAGUUAGGUAUGUGAAAACUUUCUGAGAACUGCAUUUUUGAGAUUAAAAUUCAAAUGGGAUCUAUUUGAACAUUGAACAAAUAGGCAAUGAUCUUAUUGUUUAUUCUUAGCUUGAAAAAUAAUUACAUUAAAAUAGGUACAUAAUAAUAUAUUAUUUUAAUGUCCCUACAUUAGGAUAUGACGAUGACUCAACAUUGUAUGAAGUACGACUUAUCCCAUUCAUAAGGAAGCAAUAGUACUCGGUUGUCGUCUGUUAUUAUUUGUAAACAGCUAUGAAGAGUGUACUGUAUAAUAAUUUAUUUUAUGAUAUAUAAUAUUAUUGGUGUUAUAUAGAUGGAUAGAAAUAACAGGUUACACGCUCCAUGUUACAUAAUCAUCAGGUCACUAGCAAAAAAAUAUAUACAAAAAAUUAAAUAAUAGCUUGUCAUAUACGUAGUCUGAUAUAAACGCAGCUCGUCAUAUACACAGAUUGUCAAAAUCGUAGCUUAUCAUGUACGCAACAUUUACGAAGUGUUAACUGUUAUGAAAUAAUAUUUGAAGAAACAUGUGUUAAUAUUUAAAAAAAAUUGGAUGAUAUUUACACCUAUUUUCCUAUAAGUAAAAAUGAAAACAAAAAUAAUUGAUAGUUUUUACACUACUAUUUUUAUUGAAAAUGUAAUAAAUUCAAAUAGAAGUCAUGUGGAUUGCAAUCCGACAUCCUUUCUACGGUUGUUAAAGUAAAUGAGUAGCGACUUAUGUUUGUGACGUACUGAGUACAGUGACCAAAUGCAUAUGUAUGUAUUAACAAAUCGUCAUAGUCGUAGAAUACUGACGGAUAUAUAUAUUUAAUAUUUGUCAGAUCUGUCAGUAUUCUACGACUAUGACGAAAUGUGCACGUGACAUGGAGCGUGUUAUCUAAAAUAACGAAAAGUGUUAAUACUGAUCAGACUGUUCUGCAAUGUCUAUUGAAAGUAAAUAAAAGAUAAUGAUUUCA